AUGGCAGACCUGACAGCAGGAAACCGUCCCGGGGAGGCCCAGGAGCCGGUAAGGAGCGUCCGAGCGUCGCCGAAGCAGCCCAACCGCCUCUGGUCCGGCCUUCGGGCGACGGGCGAGGCCCACCUGUCUCCGCCGCCUCCCUCCGGCCCUCUGCCACGUCUCUUCCGGGAACGUCGCGCUCUGAUUGCGUCACGCCGGCCCCUCUCUCUCUUUCUCUCUCUUAUUCAUUCACUUCCUGUCCCCGCCUUCUCGCCCAAAAAUGGCGGACGGCGCUUAUCCGGCAGACGGCCCGACGUCACUUCCGGCGGGGCUGUGGCGGGCGAUUUCAACGGCGCGGAGAAGCGAUUGCAGGAGGAGGAGGAGGAGGAGGCGGCCGUCAUGGCGGGAGGCCGCCCCGGGAGGCGGGCGCGCUCGGCCGGGGAGGCCCGGGAAGGUGCUGCUUCCUCUCCCCCCAGGCGGAGGUCCGAGAGAAAUUUGCCUUCCUCAACUCGUCCAGUGUUCCAGGGUAACCCCAGUGGGGUGGCCAGGAAAACGACGGGCACCCCGCGCCCGGGUGCCUCUAUCAUGCGCACGAUAACUCUGAGAAAGAUUAAGCCACGGAACCAGCAGGAUCAGGUGAAAGAAAGUGAUUUAAUUCCUCGUCGGAGUCCAAGGAUCUCCUUAAAAGAAAACAAGGAGAACAGCCCGCCGGCCACCCCUGAAAAUCAAAGCCUCCACGGAGGGGAGUCCCCAAGGAAACCCCAGCCUUUUACCCCAUGCUGUUCCUUGAAUCUUGACGCAGAGAACUCGCCGAAAGAGACUAACGCCUUGUCCCCGGUUAGCGCCAAUACGCCAGGUUCUUCACCGGAAUGCGAACGAGACCUGACCAUGGCCAAACGUGUUCGCCGGUCUUACAGCCGCCUGGAUGUCUCCUUGUCCCGCAGCUUCACAGACAAGCCAGAAUUCCCCAGCUUCAGCCUCGCGGGCACCUCCACGCCCGCCGGUGCUCCUGGCAAGCGGCAAACCCUUUUCGGUUUCGAAAAGCUGCUUCUCCCGGGGGAGCUAGCUGAGCCCUCCACUCUGCAUCUAAUCAGCGCCCCCAAGGCGGUUGAGGAAAGCGGGGCCUUCCGGAAGCCGGACACCGACAUCCCUGGCAUCUCAUUCUGCAGAGAAAAGCGAAGGAAGAAGAAAGUGCCCGAGUUUGAUAAAUCCAAGAUGGACGAGUGGGCCGCGCAGAUGAACGCCGAGUUCGAAGAAGCCGAGAAAUUUGACCUCCUUGUGGAGUGAAAAAAAAUGCAUCGUCGGGUGGCCACAAUGUUCCUUGUACAUAAAUCUCCCACACCCGCCCCUAGAAGGACGCUUAAGCUCUCUUGGCGUAAAGCUGUAAAAUCUUCCUUUUUUUUUAAGGCUUACUCACUAACCAAAGGCAGCUAACACUUUUCUCGAUGCCCAAAAACAAAAGAUACUGUACUGAUUCUGUGGGCUUCUGAGGAGAAUGGUUUUCUUCUUUCCCUCGGCUGUAACCUGAAAAUAACGUGCGGAAGGAUCCUGAUUCUACGCGGUAUCACAAUUUUUGCAAACGGCUUGGAUACCUUUGGUUGUUUUUUUUUCUCCUCCCCCCCCCCUUCUCAGCUGCCAUUAUUCCUAGAAUAGGCAAAAAAAUAAUAAAAAAAUAGGCAAAGAUGUGAAGGUGCCUUCUAGCCUUUGAAAGAGCACACCCAUCCACAAGUUUCCUCCAGCAGUUUUAUUUUUUCAUCGUUAUUUUUCUUCUGCGUUUGCCUUCAACAAAGUCCUAUAUGCUUAAAUGGAGUGGGGAAUUUGGUUUGCUGAGCCAGCUUCCCUUUUUAGGGGGUGGUGAUGCAGGCCUGUUUUUAAGCCCGUUCUUAAGCCCCUCUCUGGCCGUCCUUCUUAACGGAAGUUCCUCGCAGUGACGAAGCUUUUGAUGUUCGCUUUGUGUCUUAGGGAUGUUUCACAGUGCAGCCCUGUUAGAAUAAUGGUGAGAAAAUUAAAAAGACUUUUCCUUCA